CUCCUUUCAGGGAGUUGGAGAGAACAAGAAGGUCUCCCCUCAGUCUCCUUUUCUCCAGGCUGAACCACCCCAACAAUUCCUCGAGGAAUUCCAGCUCGUGGAGAAGAAGAAACAGUCGCAGGAUUCCUGGUUGAGCUCUAACUACAUAUUUUAUGUGUUAACACACCCAUUAGACUGUGAAGGGAGCUGUUGCUGUGUGAGACCCUGCAGUGAAGCCCAGGGAUGGUCCUCAGGCGUCCGUGCCCUCUCCUGCGCGGCUACAAACUGCGUGUGGUGGUGACGGCGGGGACAUCGUGAAUGUUUCCCAGAGCCCCCUGAUUUUACCUCUUGCAGCAGUGGAGAUCUUUCUGCUGGAUAAUUUGCCUCCCCUCUCGUUAUCUGGUACUGCUGAUAACGCUGCCUCAAGCUCUCCGACCGCUCCUGCUCCGCCGCUGAAGAGUUUGGAGAAGGUUUAGAGGGAACUGGAGAAAAUAGGAUGACACUUCCCAGCUGCCAGCUCCUGAUAAGAGCCCAAGCACUGCCCCCCACUUGUUUUCUCUGCCCCUGCAAAGGGUCCCACCUUGUGAUGUGCUGCUCAAUUUUAUGAAGCCAAAGCAGCGGUUUGUUCUGGGAGGGAAGGUGAAGAUGCGGCUCAGGUGAGAAAUUCUGGGCCUUUUGCAGUGCUUUUGUCCUUCUGGUGUUCAAUACAUAACCCUGGAUGUUGUGAAUGAGCAUUUCUAUUGCUCUGAAAGUGAGAAAAGCAGUGGGGAGGGGGGUUCAGAGGGAAUCCUUUUGGGUGAUGGGCAACAACCGGGAUAAUGUAGGGGUAGGGGAUGCGCUGCCCUGCCAGGGGACUGGAAUCACCCCUGAUUUCUGCAAGAAAAGGGUAAAACAAACGCUUUGUGGCUGCUGGGAUGGCUCAAGAGGCCCCCAGCACCUGUCCCAGCCUCCCCCCGCCUGGCUGCCCCUCUCUAUAUUUACCCAGGGGAGCUUUCCAAGAAUGGAAGUGGGUAAGAUAAAACCCCUCAGGGGCUAAAAUUAGCCCCAUGGCCCUGGCCCUUCUCCCCGCGGUGGCAUUUCAGCUGUGAGUGUGACAGCCUGCCUCGCGGCGGUGGCGCAGAGCGGACGGCCAGCCCUGGCCCAGCAAGAUCCUCGCUCUUUCUCUCCUGGUUUUUUGUUUGUUUGUUUGUUUUUUGAGGUUUAAACCGAAGGAGAACUCACCAUGGGACCACCACGGCCUCCUCCGCCCUGGCUGUGAGCAUCCCCUGCCUCCCCAAGACCUUUGGCUUGACCUUUUACGAUGAAAGCGGAAUACGGGAGACAGACCAAAAGAAAAUGAGCCUAAUGGACAUCACUAAAAUGUUCUCCAUGCUCCAGCCCAGAGAAGAUGAAGAAGACAACGGAGAAAGCGAGGAGCUGAACCGAGCAGUAUCCGAGGACAACUACCAAACCCUGGAUUACCUCUUGUCCCAAGACAGGUACAAGAGGGUCAUCAACCGCAGGAGCGGCUGGGGGGUACCCAGCACCCCCCUGCGCCUGGCUGCCACCUUGGGCCACGUCAGGAGCAUGAAGGUCCUCUUGGCCCACGGGGCUGAGGUGGACAGCCUGGACGUGAAGGCCCAAACCCCGCUCUUCGUGGCGGUCAGCAAAGGCCACCGGGAGUGCGUGAAGGUCCUUCUGGAGGCGGGGGCCAGCCCGGUGGGCAGCAUCUACAACAACUGCUCUCCGCUGCUCAUCGCCGCCAGGGAUGGGAACGUGGACAUCCUGCAGCAGCUCCUGGACCACGGGGCGGAAACCAACGUUCAAGCGCGACUGCCCGAGUGGGCUGCCAACUCGGUGGCUUGUUCUGGUCCCCUCUACUUCGCCGCCGUGUACAGGCACCUGGAGUGCUUUAAGAUGCUGCUGCUUUACGGCGCUGACCCCAACUACAACUGCACAGAGGAGAGGGUGAUCGCCCAGAUCAAGGAGCCCAAGACUCUGCUGGAAACCUGCCUGAGGCACAGCUGCCGGAGCGAGUUCAUCAAGCUGCUCAUUGACUUUGGAGCCAACGUCUACUUGCCCAACCUCACGGUAGGCGAGACGCAACCGCGCAGCGAGGGCCUGGAGCUGCUGCUGCAGGCAAGAGCUCACCCCAAGUCCUUGAUGUCUCAGGCCCGGCUGGUGAUGCAACGCCUCCUGAAGCAGGCUGGUCGCCCGCACGCCCUCGGGGAGCUGGAGAUCCCCACCGUCCUGGUGAACUACCUCCGCCACCAGCCGUGAGCACACGCUGCUGGAGAUACUGCCCCAAGCACACCUCAAAUUAAAAGCUGCUGUGGCACCUCCGUGCUGUGGAACCACCACAAAUUUGUGGUUGUAAAGAGUAAUUUUUGCUCACGAGGGGUCUCCAAAAAGUGAUGCCCACGUGGGGGGACAGGAAGGGAAAAAACAGAGGAGACCUCAGCUCCGGCUCCGCAUCAGGGUGACGUUUAGCUGGGUUUGGCUUUAAAGCCUUUUUACUGAAGGAUUUUAACACUUUUAAUUGCUGCUGGUUGGAGAAGGGGCUGGGAGAAGGUGCGGAGGGAGAGGAACAAAGGCUGCUUUUACCUCCUUCCCUCCGGGGACGCUCAGGAAGGAGGGAGGCACCACCAGGCUUUGUGCCUUCGGGUUUCCCCACAGCGUGGCCUCGGCUGCCCCUAAAUCCCCUUUCCUGGAACCAUUUCCAAGUGCCUCCUCCCUUCGGCACCCUGCUGAGGGCUCCAGAACACCCAGCCACCCCAUGGCCACCUUGUCACCAUCCCAUGGCCACUCCUGACCCCCAGGACGGGGGUGCAAAGCCCAUCAGGGGCUGGGAUGUGUAUCCAAAGGCUGGAGCCCCCAGACUCUUAUCUCCUUGCCCCAGCUCCGUCUUGAAAUAUCAUCUUGUUGUCCUCAAAAGUGGUUUCUCUUUUGGCCGAGGGGUCUUUUGUGAUUGGGCAGGGGUUUUUUUAAAUUUAAUUAAAAAUGUUCCUACCGUUCGUAUUAAACUA